UUCAACGCAAUCCCAAUGUCCCAACUAUAAAUACUCUCACCUUCCUUUCUGUCUCUUUCUCCAAUCUAACAAUUUAACUCUCCAUUCAAUUAGGGGUCUAUUUAGUGACAAAUUAAAGAGCAUAAACCCAUAAAACCAAACUUAUAUAAGAAAUUUCAUUUUAUGUUUUUUUUGGGUUCAAGAUAUAGUCUUAUAUACAUAACAUUUGGAGUAUAAAGGGGAUUAAUUGGGGGAAAAUGGGUCAGGCAUUUCGUCGAGCAACUGGAAGGAUCGGAAGUUCUAAUGUCGAUGCGGCAUCGUCUCAACUGAAGAAACCCAUCGACCGGAGAUCCCCGCCUGCACCGGCGGCGAUUAAGACCCCUGCCGAUAAUGUUGCUCCAGUUGCCGAUAGCAGCCCAAAGGUUGCUGUUGGAAAAACCCUUGAAGAGAGAGAUCCCAAGUUUGAUGCAAUGCUUGGUCAAAUGGUUGGUAGAAUUCGAGCUAAGCCUGGUGGGAAGCUAGAGAUGGGUGAGGCAUCAGUGGUGGAGAAGUAUGAUAGAGCUUUACCUAAGCUAAGGAAUACAACAUCAGAGUCUAGCAGAUACGAGGAAAGGCCUGCUCCUCCAGGUACGUUGAAUGUGGCACAAAUAAGAGAAAUUAUACUCCUGCAUCAAGGCAGAGCUGAUUAUCAUAAAGGGCCCAUGGAUAUCAACCAAAUUGCUCAGCGGUUUCGAGUUGAUGCCGCGCAGGUUCAGAGGAUUCUGCAGUUUGUAUCAUUGCCUCCGGAGGACACAAGUAAAAAGAGGAGCACUUGAGAUGUCUAUCAUAUUUUUUAGCCAGUGAUGGAUAGUUCAAAGUAAUGAGGGAGUUGCCACUUCCCCAGAGGUGGUUUCCAUUAUGCAUCAAUUUCAUCACAAUUUUGCAGCUGUAAGUUCUUCUGUUGUAAGAAUGACCUACAAGCAUAAUCCUGGAGAAAUAUGAGUGCAUUUGCCAUGAUAACUGUAGAAAUUGAUCCUAAUGAUAUUUAUUGUACCAGAAGAGGACCCUUUUGUUCUUCACAUUCGAGAUGCUUAAUUUUACAGUCAGCUCGAUGAA